UUCAACGAAACAUUUCACUUUCAGGCAACACUCAGCAACUUCACGGAUCCAAUUUCAAGGUGGAUUGCAACUAUUGUAGCUGUUAUGCUGGCGAGCAGGUUUGCAGUAAAAAACAAUGUGAAAGUAGUUCUGUGGGAGGCAGAAACACCGCCUACACAACUCUGCCUUGCAAUUGCCCACCGCAUUAUGUUCCAGUUUGUGGCAGGAAUGGAAUCACUUAUCCUUCCGCCUGUUUGGCCAAAUGCUCAGGAUUAAAUGAUGCUGAUAUAGAGUCGCUCCCUUGCAAGAAUCCCUGCAAAAGCACUACAUGUCCUGUUGGGCAGAAAUGUGUCCCCUAUUUCCAGACUUGCUUGUCUUUGAUGCACAAACCGUGCAAGCAAUUUGAAUGUAUAAAUGGAUCCACCGAGUGUUCAUCGUUACCAAAAGACCCAGUUUGCGAUGCGAACAAGAAACAGUACGAUAACGCCUGUUUGUUGGCUCAUCACAAUGCUAAGCUCGCCUACAGAGGCCCUUGCUUGAAAAGAUGUAGGGAAAACGGUCAAGUUUGUGGUAUCAAUGGAAGAACGUACACUUCUGAAUGUGCAGCACACGCUGACAUGAUCUCGGUCGAUUAUAAUGGUCCAUGCUCUUCAAUCGGCUUGAUCACAAACACAAAAUCCCGGCAAUGUUCCAACGUAAAGUGCCACGAACUACCCGAUGAGAGUUGCUUAGGCAUCACGCCUCCAGGUGCAUGUUGUCCGCUAUGCGGCGGGUCUUUGCGGCUGUUGUACAGCAGGAAACAGAUCGACAGAGCGCUGUAUGCGCUUCAAAAUAGAGGCACAGACUCUAUAAAUUUAAGGUCUCUAUUGAAAGGCUUAGAGCGGCAAGUUCAAAUUGCACAGUGCACUGUAAGAGGGUAUGUCACAGUGGAGACCGAUAUUUUCGUAGUCAUACAAUCCAAUGAAGGUUAUCCUUCAUCUUUGCAACUGGAGGCCUGCAUUAGGGAAGCAGAGAAAAUCGCUGGUUUGGUGAACAUGAAAAGUCCCCGGAUCGUUAGUGAAGUCAGCCUGAGUUCUUUAACAUUAGCUACGGUAGUUCACACCCAUAUUGCCACUAGUAGCACUCACAUUUAUAUUCCAAACUUAAUGUUGACGAUUCUGGCGGCCACAUUUCAAUACAUUUGGUUUUUGCGAUAAUUUUCGUACAAAUCACCGAAGACAACGUUCGGAACAGAAUUGAAAAACUGCUUCAGAUAACUAGGAAUUGCGAAAGAUGAAUUCGGAUUUUACAAAAAAAAGUUUGAGACUCCGGCAUCAUUUCCAAAAAAAUUGAAAUAAAGUUUAUUAAGCUUUGACCUGUGAUAUUUUAAUUUCUAAUGGCAAAUAGGACGUAUACAAACAUGUAGUUAAGGUUUUGUAACAUAUAGCGCUACACUUUGUUUAUAAAUGUACAUUUAUUUAUGUUGUAUAUUUCUUUUUUGAUAAGUAAAUACAUAUUGUUUCAGUUCAUUACAAAAUAGAUCAUAGUUAAGAACCUAAUUUACCACAAGUAAAUCUACUGCAGACUCGCACUCUUUCGCGAUUUUGAUUACUGUAUUAUUUUCAUAUUGUUUAACAAAACAGUUCUAACCAAAGACUUUUGCUCUCUAAUGUCACUAAAAUAUGGUUCUAUUGUAACUAUGACUUUAGUUUUAAGAUUUAAAUAGUUUUUUUACAAUAACAUCUUAAAGAUUCAAAGAACGAAGUAGUUCUAUGUUGAGUGUCGUAUUGUUACCGAAAUAUAUUUUUAUUACAU